UUAAAAAUCCGUUGACGUGUUAACUUAGUAAUCAUAAUUAAUUAUAUCCAACUGGCUGUUAACCCUUUCAGAUAAGCUAACUUUUAAUUUUCUUCUAUACUAUCACGUCAAUAUGAUCAAAUAGCAUAAGCAUUAAGCAGCAGGUGGUAAUGGACGAUUAUUACAAUACAAAAUUAAAAGUCGUCUUAUAGAGAAGAAUUCAAGAUAACAGAAUUGAACAAAAUCCAAAAAUGGAUAGCAAAAGCAAAGAUAAUAAUGAUACAGAUUCAAUCAAGAAGGUUUUCACUCACAAAGGUCGUUACGUCCAAUACAGUUUGUAUGGAAACUUGUUUGAAGUCUCUUCCAAAUAUGUUCCUCCCCUUCGCCCUAUUGGUAGAGGUGCCUAUGGCAUCGUCUGUGCUGCUGUUAAUUCUGAUACACGCGAGGAAGUUGCCAUCAAGAAGAUUGCAAAUACAUUUGAUAACAUUACUGAUGCUAAAAGGACUUUGAGGGAAAUUAAGCUUCUUCGUCACAUGGAUCAUGAAAAUAUUAUUGCUAUUAAGGAUAUUAUAAGACCUCCACAAAAAGAUGCUUUUAAGGAUGUUUACAUUGUUUAUGAAUUGAUGGAUACGGAUCUUCAUCAGAUUAUUCGUUCGAAUCAACCUCUUAAUCUUGAUCAUUGUCAAUACUUUCUAUAUCAGCUGUUAAGGGGACUGAAAUAUGUGCAUUCCGCGAAUGUCUUGCAUCGUGAUCUUAAACCGAGUAAUUUACUUUUGAAUGGAAACUGUGACCUUAAAAUUGCCGAUUUUGGUUUGGCGAGGACGACAUCUGAAACAGAUUUUAUGACGGAAUACGUCGUUACUAGAUGGUACCGAGCCCCAGAGUUGCUCCUUAAUUGCUCAGAGUACACAUCCGCAAUCGAUGUUUGGUCUGUUGGUUGCAUAUUUGCUGAAAUUAUGACCAGACAACCUUUGUUUCCAGGGAAAGAUUAUGUUCAUCAACUAAGGCUUAUAACUGAGUUAAUUGGUUCUCCUGAUGAUUCGAGCCUUGGAUUUCUCCGAAGUGAAAAUGCGAAAAGGUAUCUUAGACAGCUUCCACAGUUCGGGAAGCAAAAUCUUUCGGCGAAAUUUCCUCUUAUGUCGGCCGAGCCUCUGGACUUACUAGAGAAAAUGCUUAUCUUUGAUCCCGACAAACGAAUUACCGUUGAUGAGGCACUAUGUCACCCUUAUCUAUCAUCACUUCAUGACAUCAAUGAUGAGCCAGUUACUCCCAUGCCAUUCAGUUUUGAGUUUGAGCAGCCAUCAUGCAGCGUUGAGCACAUUAAGGAACUCAUCUGGAGGGAAUCAGUGAAGUUCAAUCCGAAUCCGCUGUCACAAUAGUUCUUUCUUAUUUGUGUAGCAUUUCAUAAUCAUUAUUCCCCGUAUAUAUACACUGUGUGUUAUUGUAAUUACAGAAAAUUCCCUUCCUUUUAGUCUAGUUCUAAACCAUUGAAGGCACUGUGUAAAAUGGUUAAUUAUUAGUAAUAAAUUGAAUAUUGCAAAUUACAAAA